CAAUAGGGAACACACACAGAAGAAGAAACCUAAUCUUUCUUUCUCUCUCUCUCUUUCUCUUUUCUCUUACUCUUCAUUUUAAUUAAACACAAACACCAUGUUUUUGACACUGCCUUCCCAAUGCAAUUGUUUUCUUCUCAUCCAACAUCACUGUCUAUCUAUGUUAUUGUACUCUCUCUUUCUCUCUCUCUCUCUCUCUCUUUCUUUAUUUCUUUCUCCAUCUUUCACUCUUUCUUUCUCUGUGGUCCUUUGAUUUUCCUUCUCUUUAUAUCCCUCUUAUCACUUUCUCCAUUUCUGCAUACCUAGCCUUGCAUCCCAACACUACUAUAUCAUAGCCUUUCUCCCCUUCUCCAUAUUAUAUACCUUGUCUUUUAUUUGUUACCCUCCAUACCAUACCAAACCAAAACCAUUUUCAAUCUUUUUCUCUAUUCCCUCUCCCACCUUCUUCUUCAUCAUCUUCUUUACUUUCUUUCUUCACUUCUAGCUACUUUCAAUACUAAUAAACUCAACUGAAAGCUACAUACCAGCAAGUCCUCAUAAUUAAGUACUAGACAAUUAUAUUUCACCAAUUAAGCUCUAUCUACUUAUAUUAUAUUAUAUAUACAUAUAUAUAUAUAGAGAGAGAGAGAGAGAAAAAAAACAUGUCUAGCAGAAGGUCAAGGCAACAAUCUGCAUCAACAAGGAUCUCAGAUGACCAAAUCAUCGACCUUGUUUCAAAGUUGCGUCAACUUGUUCCUGAGAUUCGUGAUAGACGCUCUGAUAAGGUAUCAGCAUCUAAGGUCCUACAAGAGACCUGUAACUACAUCAGAAGCUUACACAGAGAAGUGGAUGACUUGAGUGAAAGACUGUCUCAGUUGUUGGCCACAAUUGAUGCUGAUAGUCCUGAAGCUGCUAUAAUUAGGAGCCUAAUUAACUAGUAAUAAUCAUAAUUAAUAAGCAAGUCAUCAUCUAAUUUUCCUAUAUUCAAGGAGAUAUCAUCAUAUAUAAGAGUGUUUUAGUUUCUUCUUCUUAGGUGCCAUAGAGUGCAGUUUGAGUUGCCUCCUUCCUUAGUAUAUGGCAGGAUUGGUGCACUUGUAAUUUAAAGGUUUUGUAAUAAUCAAAAUUAAGGACUCUGUAUUAUGGCUAUAGUGCUAUAUAUUAAUAUAUGCAUGCCACAUUUAUAGAUGGCCAAACUGUAUUAUUUCUUAGAUUUA